AUGGACGAUUUUCAAAGAUGGUUCGGCGGUGGUGGAUUCAUGCGAAUGGGAGGGGUCAGGUGAAAAAUUCAAAUUUCAAUUUUAGCACCAAUUUCUUCAGAAUAUACUGGUAUAAUUGAAAAAAAUGACAGUUUUCAGAAGAAAAAAAGAUUUUUUUAAAAAAGGAUAAUUAAAAAUCAAUGUCUUGAUUCUCCGUGAAAAGCUCAGAAUUUUUAUCAAAAAUCCUAGAUUUUAGUACUAAUUUACAACAGAAAAAUUUGAUUAUUUAAAAAAUUUUAUUUUCAUUUCAGAAAUUUUCAUGAAUCACCCUGAUUUUUGGUGUAAAAAGGCUUCCAAUUUUGACCUUGAUUCAGAAGAUUUAGCUCUGAAAAAGCUUUUUUUGACUUCAUAGUCCAAAUUUCUGAUUUCAGUCCGAGUUUGAUUCCAAUUUUAUAAAAUUUUCAUAAAUUGGCCUCAAUUUUAAAUUCGAAAUUCUUCAGUUUCAACUUCAAAGUUAUAAUACUGAAUAUUAAUGCAAAUUGUUUUUUUAAAGAAUAAAAAAACUCUUGGAUUUUUUUCCAAUCGUUUUCGUUUGAAAUAACUAUUUUUUCUUGAUUUUCCGAAAUAGUUUUCAAAAAAUCUUAUUUUUACCUGUUUUUAUGGAUCUUUAGUAAUGAGUUUUAACAAAGUUACUCAGUUUUUUUUUUCAUUUUUUUCAAAAAAAUUUAUAAAAUAACGGAUUCUUUUUUUCAAUUUUCUCACAGUUGAGCACAAAAAAAUCUUCUAUUAUUUAAAAAAACUUUCAUUUUUGCAGAUAUGAGGAAGAAUUUGCGUGUCAUACGGCCGCAUAUCUGCACAAUGCGACUGCCAAUAAAAUAAACGAAGUGAAUUUUGGCGGAAAGGUUUUUUUAGCGGAAAGAGAAAAGAAAGUAUAUUUUCCUUUGAUUCAGAUUUUAUUGCCAACAUCAGCUUUGGACAAGUUGCUGAGGUACAAUAUCCAAACGCCGAUGAUGUUCACGGUUGGUUUUUCAAGGGAAAGAAAAAAAAUUGAGGAGUGUAGUGAACGCGAUCUAUAAGCUGUGAAUUGAAGCAAUUUAACAGGAUAUUGCCAGUUUCGAUUGUCUGGAAAAGUAAAUUUUGAGCCAAAAUACCGACUUUUCUUAAAAAGAGUUGUCUGCAAUAUUUUUGUGACAGGAUUAUCUUGAAAAAAGCAAGUAAAUUUUUAUUAGUACAACUUUUUUAACGAAGGAAAGGCGCAAUUCAUAGAAUUUUCGAAGCAAAACACCUUUUUUUUGGGCUCUUUUUAGGUCCUAGAAGAAUUUUUCCAUUGGUAAAUUCAAAAACCACAAGGAAAAAAAUUUUUCUAUUAUUCUAGAAGAAUAUCGAUAAUAACCGAAAAAAAGGCUCAGAAAUCGAGAAAUAGUUGUUAAUUUAUUAAAUUGAGAAAUAAUUUUUUUCUUUAAAUCGUUAGAAAACAUUUUUACGUUAAGCUUGUGAAAAAUAGAGGGUCAAAAAAAUAUUUUUUUCAUGAGUUUUUCGCGCGAAGCUUGGAAAAAUUUUUCCCAGUGGUUUGCAAAAGUUUCAGUUUAAAGUUAAUGAAUUCUCAAAAUUCUGAAGUUCAGUUGAGUUUUUUGAAGCUUUUUUCAGCUUCUGUUUCUUUUGCGCUUUCAAAUUCAAACGUUUACAGUGAUAAAACUUUUUAAAAAAGGAAAAACAUGGAUAUUUUCAAAGCUAGGACUUUAUGAAAUUUUUGAAAGGCGAAAAAGUGUUUCCAAAUAUUCGUAGCUUCACAAAAAUCUACAUUUUUUCCAAAAGCAACUGUUUUUUUUUCAUAUUCCCACGUUUGAAGAAUGCUUUGUUCACCGAAAUUUUUAUCUAACUUAAAUUAAGGUAACAAACGUGGAAAAGCAACGGGUCACUCACGCCGGUGUCUUGGAAUUCUCCGCGCCAGAAGGCAACGCGAUUUUCCCGAAAUGGGUUUUUAGACUAUCAAAAAUCAGAAAAAGGACUAAUUUUUGAAUACUCAGAUGAUGGAUCAACUGCAGUUGCGGGAAGGCGAACGAGUACAAAUCCAAUCGAUUUCUCUGCCCAAGGCGACUUUCGCCAAGUUGAAACCGAUGUCAACGGAUUUCCUCAACAUUUCUAAUCCGAGGUUUGCAAAAAAAAUUUUAAAUUAAAGUCCGAGGUUUAUUAGAAGUCAGGAAACCACUAUGAUUAUGAGGAAAUCUGAAAAGAACCGACUAUAAAAAAAUUUUUUUUAGAGUGGAGCUUAGUUUUCAAACUAUCAUUUUCUAGAAUUUCAGUUCCUUGAAAAAAAGGCUUUCUUAAUAAAUUGAGAAAACGUUAGAAAGUUCUCCAGUUCUCUAUAAAAAACUUAGGUAUUAUUGAUUUUUAAAAAAGUGGGUCUCGCAACGAUUAGCCAAAUGAUUUGAGAAAAACUGAGGUUCUUAGGAACGCAAGAGUGGUCUCUAGACCAUUUUAACGAAAAAUCCUAUAGGGGACGAAAGCUCACUAUAGGGCUAAAAUUUAAGUGGUCUCCAUAGGUCCUCAGGAUCUGACCCCUAAUCUUUUGAAGCUUGAGCGAUCCCUAUAGGGGUCUUUUGACUUUUUUUUUGAUGUGAGUUAAAAAGGAGUAUAGAGUGUGCUCCCCUAGAGUAGCUACUUUUACAAGCUUCAGCGGCCCCUAUAGGAAAGGUAAGGUGCUCCCUUGAGGGGAACCUACAAGAGCCUCUUAAGUUGCCCCUCUAGUUACCACGUCCAAUCGAUGUUUUCCUAUUAAUUUUUCUUCAAAGAGAUCUCUGAAAGUUUUUUGCAGAGGAGAAUUAAUUUUUUACGAAAUUUUCCAGUUUAUUUUUGUGUUAUGGUUUCAAUACUGAAAUAAAUUGUUGUUGAUCCCUUUUUUGAAGUUUUUAAUCGAUUCAGAGCGGUUCUGGAAGUGGAACUUCGAAAGUACGCCUGCCUGACCAAGGGCGACAAAAUUCCGACCACCGUUAGUCGUUUUCCAAAUUUGAACUGGGUAGUUUGAAAUUUCCAGUACGCCGGUCAGACUCUCGAGUUCUUGAUCGUGGAUUUGAAGCCGUCGAACGCGGUUUGUAUCAUCGAAUGCGACGUGAAUUUGGAUUUCGAUGCACCCGAAGGAUACGUCGAACAGCCCAGAGCCGCCUCCACGGCCAAUAUCAAGGUGAUUUGGGGUGAAUUUGGUAGUUCUGAGGUGCGAAAUUGCUAAAAAAAAAUAAAGGGAGAAAGAAAAUCAGGCCACAUCCAGUUUAAAAAUGAAAAAAAAAGAAGUUGAGAAAUUCUGAACACACGUGGAACCGGACGGACGUUUAUUAGCAUUUCUAGUGAUAACUUAAGAGGCGUACUUUUUCACUCGGAUAAACGGAUGUUGUAUGUAGCAACCCGAGUUAUGUCGAGCAUUAAACUUUAAAUAGCAAUGAAAAGUUAUUCAAUAUUUGUCGGUCAAACUUUUUUUUUUCACAGUACUGAAUCCGUGGAUGCAAUAAAAAACUGCGCACAGUUAGGCAAUAAUCAAACAACUCCUUAAAAAAAUCCAUAUAAAAAAAGUGAAAUAUGCAUUUUAUUACACGGUAAUGUGAGUUUUCUCAAAUGAUUUCUAGAAAUUAUCAAAAUAUUCGGUUUUCGCGUUAGCGAGGAAUGCGUAAAAGUAAUUGCAGUACCUUCUUUUCAAUUUUGAAAAUUAUUUCUCAACGGCUUUGAGGGAUUUUUUUUUGGCUUCAAGGUGUCCAUUCUCAAAAGCUAGAAAGCUUAGGAGGUUGAGACUUCCAGGAUCUUCAAAGACCCAUCAAGAAGUUUUCUAACUAACUUUGGGAAAAUUCCCAAUUAAAACAAAAAGGGACAUUAUUUGUUAGAGGGCGACCUAUUGUCAGAAUUUUCCUCCUGAUAUUAUUUAGAAUAAAUGAAGAGGUGUAUUAAAAGUAUCUGGUUUUCGCUCACAUUUUCAAAUCCUUGCUAUGGCUCUCUGAUUUCUUUCAUAACCGUUUUCUCCUACAGCCAGCAGGACCGUCUGCGGCGGCGCUGGCCGAAAUGGCCGCCAGCAGCGCAGCCGUCCCGUUGGCGACCAGCAGCGGGACGGCGACCGUCUUCUCCGGAUCGGCACGUCGUCUGGAUGAGAAGAAGAAAGGCUCGUCGGUGAGCAUGAGCUCGGACGCCGGCGCGGCCGACAGCGGCUGUGUCUCUCCCAGCGACCUGCCGCAGAUCCCUCCCGUCGUCUGCAAUGAGGAAUAUCAGCCUGGUUCGUUUUUCAGAUAGUCUUUAUAUGAUCCACUUGCAUUUGGCUCGGGAAAGCCAACGGGCGGUUCAAGAUAGACCUAUCCGUGCGCCUUUAAUAAGAAACUUAUUUCAAGACUUUUUUCUCCCAAAAUUUUUUGAAUUGCCGCCAAAACGCGGCGUAACCGCUUCGCACCAGAACUGCGAAUGCUGCGCUGACUUGAGGAAACUUGCGCGGCUAAAGUAGAUCGCAAUGAUUCCUUAUGCGCCUUUAAUAAGGGCCGUUCGUGAUGACUUGUUUUCUCAUAUUAAAAAGUUUUCAAAUUUUUGAAUUGCCGCCAAAACGCGUCGUAUUCGCUUUGCACAAGGAUUGUGAAAGCUGCGCUUGCUUGGGGCAAAUCGCACGGCGUAAAAAAAAUGCGGUGACUCCCCAUGCGCCUUUAAUAAAAGUAGGGUCCGCAAGCCAUUUCUUCAAAACGAUCCAAAAAAUAUGCUUUUUACACUAUUCGAUAGAGGAGACCGUCCAUUUUCAUAAUCCGUUCAGUUUUAGAAAAAAGCUCCACUAAGAAAAAAGUUAUGGCCAAAAAACGAGCGCGCGCGGCGUUCAACUGGAGGCAAAAUCUCACGGUUUACCCGCUGCCGCACGCUUUCUUUUUAAAUGUUUUUGCGCAUUUCUGAACCGUUUUCGAAUCGGUUUUUUGUUCUGAGAGGUUGUCCGGACUGAGCCUCAUGUUUUGGUAUGAUUCUUUUGUACAAUCCUCAUAAGAAUUUUUGAUAAAAUAUCAAAAAACUACUUAGAAAAAAGGUCAGAAGGAAUUUUCAGCUUAUUUUUCUUUUUCUAAUCAGAAAAAUUAUUAUCAUUUGGUUUGGAAAAAAGAAAAAAUGAAAAAUAAUGUUAUUUCGAAAUAAAACAGGAAAAUGUGUAAUUUGACUCCAAAAAACGGCUCCUGCAACAUUUAAAAGUGCGCAUCGGUGUGUUUGACGCAAACACAGCUACGAAUGCUUGCACGAUUUCUUCCAAAAAUUUCAAAAAAAUUGCCAUUUUUUUCGAGGUUUUCAAAGCCGUUAUUUUUUCGCGUCGUUUGAUUUUUUUCAUAAUUUUUUUCAUUGAUAGAGUUUUUGAACGCUUAACAACAUAAUCAAAAAGUAUAGACGCGAUCCUAUUCUCUCAUGCGUCAACGAGGCAGGCGAAAAAAGGAGGUUUUGGUAAAAUCCAAAUAUAAUUUGAUUCACUGUCCCAAUAAUUAUUUUCAUUUUGAAUUUUUGUUUGUGAGCACAUUUUGAGUUUUCAAUUCAAAUAAAAAGUAUACCAUGUCGCUGAAAUUUUUUCGUAUUUCAGCUUCAAAGUUUGGUGUCACUUUACAAGCUUCGAUUUUUUUUUCGCGUCGUUAGUUUUUUUUAAAUUUUUUUAUUCAAAAAAUAAAGAAAGUGUUAAUGUAUAACAUACUCAAAAUUCGGAAGCGUUCCUCACUUGGUUUUCAGAAACGCGACGAUUUUGUGAAACUUGUCAGUUUUUCGUGUUAAAUGUUACUUUUUCGCUUAUUUUUGAAAAAUACAUAGUUUUAAAAACAUUCAGUCUUGUAGAGCGUUGUCGAUUACAUAGAUUAACAGAAACAGUUUAUUUUGAAAGUGGAACUUUAGCUAGUAUAAACGCCUCAAAACCGUUUUUGCAACAAAAAAAUCGUCAUUUUGGUGGCGUGAAGGGGCGGGGCUUUGCGCCCCCUAAAUAAAAGCUCUAUUUCAUGACUUGUUCUCUCCCAUAGAAAAAUUUUGAACUUCAUCAAAUUGGCGCCAAAACGCGUUGUAACCGCUUCGCACCCGAACUGCAGGUGCCGCUCUGGUUUGAUGCACUUUGCGCGGCGGAUUUAGAGGGCGGGGACUCCCCAUGCGCCUUUAAUAAGAGCUUUAUUUGAUGAAUUGUUUUCGCCCAUGGAAAGGUUCCGAAUUUUUUAAGAAGCGUCCAAAAGCGUCGCAACCGCUUUGCGCAAUAACUGCGAAUGCCGAAUUCAAAAAUCUGCGUUAUCAAAUCUUUUUGACUUCAGGAAUGAUCUCCUUCGUCCGCUACGACUACAAACGACGUGACGUCUUGGAGAAGGAGCUCAAAGAGAAGGAGUUGAAACAGAAAGGCGAGCCGUCGCAGCUUUUCGUCGGCACCAGCCGCACUCUUCGCAAUAAAGCUGCAUAA